AUGGUCUCUGCCCAGAGAGCGGGCCUCAUCAAGGUGUGUAAGGCAUACCGGAGCGUCCCCAAUGAUGCGCUCCCGGUUAUAGCGGGUAUAUGCCCCAUCAUCCUCAAGAUAGAGGAGAGGGUGCUCAUCUUUCUACACCUCGAGGAGCAUGCGGCCGAUCCGCGGACCCGAUCCGAGGCGGACAUUCCGGCUGCCAUUGAGCACGUCAGGAAUGAUGUGCUCGAUAAAUGGCAGGCGGAAUGGGAUGCCGGCGGUACUCGCCGUGUCACCCAUGCCUGGAUUCCAAAUAUCCGGGCAUGGUUGAGGAGACCCCACGGAACGACCAGCUAUUGGCUGACCCAGGCGCUACGGGGCAUGGGGUCUUCAAUGCCUUCCGAUACCGGAUAA